AGAAUCGACUCUCAACCUGAGAACCCUUUCUCACAGCUCAUCACGGAUCAAUCGAUCGUUUCGAUCCCUUCAUUUACUUUGGAGUCCGGUGUCACCUUGUAUAAUGUCCCGGUGGCUUACACUACACGGGGUCAGUUGUCCGAAACCGGAGAUAACGCCUUGGUGAUCUGUCAUGCUCUGAGUGGAAGUGCGGAUGUCGCAGAUUGGUGGGGUCCACUCCUUGGCGGCUCUGGACAAGCAUUCGAUACAACUCGAUUUUUCGUGGUCUGUUUGAACAGCCUGGGAAGUCCAUAUGGAAGUGCUAGUGCCGUGACUUACAAGGAUGGAAACCCGGAGAAGGGACUAUAUGGGCCGGAGUUUCCACUUACUACAGUGCGCGAUGAUGUGAGGUAAGUUAUUAGCCAUGUGGGGAGAUUCAAAGUAUGCAAGGCAACUCACGACAAGAAUAGGAUCCACAAGCUCGUUCUGGAUUAUCUGGGUAUCCGGCAGAUUGCUGCCGUUGUGGGCGGUUCCAUGGGCGGCAUGCUCACCCUAGAAUAUGCGUUUUUCGGAAAGGACUAUGUGCGAGCGAUUGUGCCGAUCGCCACCUCUCCCCGGCAUUCCGCAUGGUGUAUCAGUUGGGGAGAAGCCCAGCGCCAAAGCAUCUACAGCGAUCCCAAAUAUGAAGAUGGUUAUUAUCCUUUCAAUGACCCUCCUGCUACUGGUCUUGGUGCAGCUCGUAUGUCGGCUCUUCUUACCUACCGGAGCCGCAAUUCAUUUGAAUCUCGGUUUGGGCGGAAUGUCCCGGACCCUUCCAAGCAACAGAACAUUAAAGGCACUGAGAAGCUGCCCACUCCACCCAACGAGCAUUGGGCAAUUCACAAUGAUGGGCAUAAAGGCGGCCGAUCGACGCCUAGUGGGCCCAACUCCCCCACUCCUUCCACACCGCAACAGACUGAAAUUCAGUUCAUGGAUCCCCAGUUCUCCGGAACAAAAACUUUCAGUAAGACCGUCAAUACUGCGCUGAAUGAUGGCAAGAAGCGCCCACCAACCUACUUUUCCGCCCAGUCGUAUCUCCGUUACCAGGGGGAGAAGUUUGUGAAGCGGUUCGAUGCUAACUGUUACAUUGCUAUUACGCGCAAGCUUGACACACAUGAUGUGUCAAGACAACGGGCUAGUCCCACGUCGAGUGAUGCAGUCCGCGAAGCUCUUUCACAAAUCCAACAGCCAGCGCUGGUCUUGGGAAUCGAAUCUGAUGGCCUGUUCACUUUCGAGGAGCAGCAAGAGAUUGCAGCUGGUAUUCCGGACUCACGCCUCAAGCGAAUUGAAAGCCCCGAGGGUCACGAUGCAUUCCUCCUCCAGUUUGAGCAGGUCAACCGCUACAUCCUGGAGUUCUUCCGCGAAGUCUUGCCAGACAUCAUGUCCAAGGCUCCCGCAGAUGGGACUGUGGGAGUAGACGGGGUUAAUAAGCUAACGAAGAGCAGCACAUUUGGAGAGGCGGAGGUGGAAGAUAUCACCGCCUGGUAAAGCGAUACGCGGGGCCUCCAUUAAUGUGGCGCAUGCGUUGCAGCCUUAUUCUUAUUAAUUGAUGCUCCAAGGGUAACCAGGGGUCUCCGUACCUUCUUUCUUUUAGAAAAGAGAGAGAGGGCACGCCGCGGGCCCUCAUCCCGCUAGCAUCCAGUGUCUCGGGGAAGUAGCGGUGCGGUCUUUGUUAUUUUCUUCCUUAGCCAGUCAGAGAGAUGAGCAUCCAACUGCCUCUCGUACCUAACUAACAGGUCAGGCUGUAAAAGAAGCAUCCAACUGCUCUCCAUCAUUAGCCCUUCUGCAAGCGUUCUCCUGGAAAAUUUUUCGUUUGGAGUCAUUGCAAGGGUGGUGGGCGAUCUUUCAACAUAAUCGAUCGAUCUUCCAAUAGCAUAGUAGAUAGAUGUCAACCAUCAAUACUAGCGAACUUUAAGAAUUGAAACGUUUAGCUUGAGAUGCA